AUGUCCUCCAGGCCGCGGCCAAGGUCUGCAUCCUUGAAGGCUUUGCCGCCAGAUUCUCCAACACAGCCCGAAGUCACGAACCUCUCAGCAGGGGCUGCCGCAGCUGCCCACUGGAGUGUGACCAAGGAAAAGCCUGCAGCUGGGCGACCACGACCUCUGAAGAGUGUUUCACUCAAGUUGGCCAAGGGGGAUGGGAGCCCCACCUCCAUGCGGUCCAAUUCAGCCGGUGGAACCGGUGGCACCGCAUGGGGAUCGGGCGAACUGGUGAUUGAUGCGCGUCAACAGGUGCGACGUGACGUGGGGAGUGGACCACCAUCGCGUGGCAGUGCCUGUGAGGUUCCGCAAGCAGCCAGUGUAGCAACCCGCCAACGCCAAGGGCAACCACAGUCCAGCAGAACUCGGCUUGUGGAGAGCCACCCCACGGCCGCACGUCCUCCCAUGCCCAGACCUGCAGCAGAGGCAUCCUUCCAAAACGAGGGUCGAAGCAGCUCAUACCCCAGCAGGCCCAGCUCGUUUGACGAAGAGGCAAACAGUCGCCCCAGCAGCGCAGCCUACCAGCGAGCAGCUGCCAUUUAUGCAAGUUUGCCCAAGACACCAGAAGGCACCAGAACUUUGGUUCGAGAUGCAGAUGGUUUCAUUUUUCGACCUAGCAUGCAGGCCGAAAGUGUUUCCACUCGACCUGUUGUGAAGAAGGAACCUGAAGAAGAGCCACAACAAAGGCCUGCAGAUGGUCGGUCCAUGGGAGAAUUAGAGAGGAGCAUUGCAAAGGCUAGGGAGCGAGCAGAGAGAAGCCGCCAAGAACUCACGGGUUACAUGGAGAGCUUGCGCAGCAAGAUUUUUCACUUCGAGGAUGGCAACCCGACCAACGAGGAGCUGCUGGUGUCCCUCCCACCCGACUUUGAUGAUGUCGUGGACAUCAACGCAUCUUUGACCGCUUCGGAAAGGUCUCGUCCCAGCUCCGGUGGGAAAGGAGUACAUUCCAGUCAGCUAGAGACCAUCGAUGCAGGCUUCAAGUUGCCUUCCUUUUUGGUCAAGUAUUUUCAAGAAGAUUUGGGUCAAGCAGAAUUGCCUAUUGUGAAGAUGCAGAAACAGGAAUCAGAGCUGGAGAAGGUUGCGAGGCAAGUCGCUAAGCUCGACCGGCUGUUGUCAAGACAAGAGGCUGAAGGCCUAGCUCGCCUCAAAGCUGUCAAAGAGGAGAUUGAAUCGACUAAGGAAAGCUUGCGGAGGGAGAGCGAGAAGACUGAAGCUGAAAAGCUCCAGCUUCUGAAAAAGCUAAAGGAGAAGGGCCUUUUGCGCAGCCAACCCUCUGGGCUUUCCAAAGCACCUCCGGCAGAGAGCUCAUCGAAUGACAUCCCUCGUGAGAAGGCUCGGUCCGCUGCUUGCUUUACUCCAUCCGUGGGUAGCGAGGUAGACUGGAGUGGUUGGGAAUGCUCUGCAGAGGUCGAAUCCACAUUUGCACCAUCCAAAGAUGCAUGGUGUGCCACUCCCCAGCCAGCUCAUGGUGAUCAUCUUGUCACCCCCGAGCCAGCUCAUGGUGAUCAGUGUGAGGGUGAGUCAGAUACUACGACCUUCACCCUGACGGCAACAACCGCAGAUCUGACGAAGAUCAGCCAAGGACUUCCACCAAAGCAGGCCAAGUUUGAUCCGGUGGUCGAGGACACUCUACAUGAGGAGAAGGGGGUCGUGGAUGACGGUGCGGGCGAAGAACUUGUAGUGCCUUCCCCCCUCCCAGAGGAGCUUUUGGCGGAUCCCUAUGAUCUUCAAGCGAUUCAUGCCAUUGACGACCAGCUGGCCAAAAUCAUACCCGAGUCAGAAUGGGAGGCAAAGUCCAUCCGAUCAGUUCACAAUGGCUCCGAUGUUUCUGCCGGUCAUGUUUCAGCAGGUGUGAAAUCGAAGAUGUCCAAGCAAUCGGCCUUCUCUUAUUUGAGCUCCUCAUCUUUGCCUGGCGAACCAGUGCUACGUGAGCAGCUUGAAGAACGAGAAAGCCGAAAAGCACUCAGUGCCAUCAACGAUCGUCUUGGUCGCCUCCAGGAAGAGCGACACUCAGAACUCAAGCCCGAGCAGCUACAGCAGUUGCUGCUAGAGGCAGCAGCUUCCCAAGUGGCCAUGGAUUCCAGCAGCAAAGUCUUGACUCUAACAGCAGAGGCGGGUGACUUGGAAGAUUCCUUGAAGAGGAUGCUUCAACCUCUUCCUGUCACACCGCAAACGCCGGAAACUUCAGGGCCUGCUCUCGCUCAAGCCCGGAAGAUCUUGGCCAGGCUCUCUGAAGUCAAGGAGGAAUGGGACUCGACCAGCAUGGAGGCCAGAUGUAGUUUCGUUGAACUGCAGGACAGUGUGAAAGCCUUGGAGGCAACAGCUUCACGUCCCAGCACUGCCGAGCAGGGCGAGCAGGUUCAGUCCGUAGAUCCGGAUCCUUUGGUGGCGGAGAUUUCCUCAUGGGCUACAAAGCUCCAAGAGUUGAGCCAAGAAGCCUCGCUCUUAGCCGAGCAGGGGAUGCCAACGACGGCCCGGUCGCCGGAAGUGGAUACGGAAGGCCCGGCUGCUUCAAUGGGAGCCGAGGAGCCACUACCUCCGCCUUUGGCAGACUUGGCGACCUAUGGCCCUAAAGUCGGCCCUUCCCAUCAGACCGACUUGGAGGAUUCCUUGAAGCUUCCCAUGCUCGGAGCUCCCAUGGAGGACCUGGAGGCUUCCAGCCUGCUGAGCGAUGAGGACUCCGAUGGCCCAGUGUUUUUGCCUGUGCCGGACAUCGAAGUCACCAAGGCAUUGGAUCCGGAGAUCUUGCCCGAGGGACCCUGGAGUGAUGAAAUGCUGGAAAGGUUGUCGCGUGCCAUGGAGGAGCACUUUGGUCCUGUAGCCAAGUAA